UAAUGCACAAAAUUAGUCAGAUAGUAGAAUUUUUACUAUUGUUAUAAAUGCGAAAUGUUGGAUAAGUAGAUAGUCGAUAAGUGAGGAGAAGUGUAUAUUUUCUGGUGUUUCCUUUGCUGUAGCUUAGCUGGAGGUGAGCUCCUCAGUGUUUGGUUGUUUACAAAUACCCAUACCCGACUCAUAGCAACCCUCUAGGACAGAGUAGAAUUGCCCCAUAGGGUUUCCUAGGCUGCAGCCUUUAUGGGAGCAGGACCAGGUCUUUUCUCCUGUGGAGUAGCUGGUGGAUUUGAUCUGCUGACCAUUUGGUUAGCAGCUGAGCACAUAACCACUGUGCCACCAGGGCUCCUUUGUCUACAAAUACUUUUUAAAUUUUAUUUAUUUAGUUGCCCUCCUUGAAACAUUUUCCCUGAAUAUUGGCUCUAGGUUAGCAGAUAUUUUCUUGAAGCCGAUGGUAUUGUGAUGUGUUCUAGCUUCUGUUGGUGUUUUGAGAAGUCUCUCAUCUUUGCAAGGGAUCUGUGUGUUUUUGGCUUGCUGCUUUAAGGAUUUUCUGUCUUUUGUUUUCUGCAGUUUCAGUGUGAUGCGAUCAGGUGUAGAUUUCUUUUUAUUUAUCCUCCUUGGAAUUUGCUGGGUUUCUUGAAUUCGGAUCAGUGUCUUUCAUUAUUUCUGGAGUGUCUUAGCCUUUAUGUCCUCACUCUAUUGCUUCAGCCUGUCUCUGCCCCCACCUCCUGAGACUGAUGAAAUGCAUGUUACGAUUUCUCGUUUUAGGAUUUGUGGCUCUUACCUUCGUAUCUGUAUUUUCCAUCACAGUUUUUCCCCAUUGCAUUCUGGAUAAUUUGACCCAUAUUCCGCUCGAUUGGUACACCUGGCAACUGAGUAAUGUUUCCCCCUUAGAAAUUGUGCCUUAGUUCUGUCUGCUUCUUUGCCCAGUGAUCUCUGGGCAGAAAGGGUGACCUGCCUCAGUUCUCAGAGAGGGUCAGAGACCUUGCUCUUUAUAUUGCACUUCAUGAGGUGGAAUACUCAGGGUACAGUGCCUCAACCCAAAUUAACUGGUUAACUGGGGCUGUGAGACCCAAAGCAGAACCGUUAGGACUCGGUGCCCUCACCACGUUAGUGAUGUUACCCAAACUGACUGACCAGCUGCAGGGGGCAUUUUAAAGUCAGGUGGCAUUUACACAGUGGCUGUGGGUCUUAUGGCUCGUAAUUGCUUUACUUCUGAUGUCUCGACUGCUCUGACGGUGAAUCACUUCCCAAGUAUUUGGGUGUAUUCUCUCCCACAGUUUAGCAGGUGUGUAGGGAAGAGGAUAAAUUUUGUCAUUGCGUAUGUUUCUAUACUCUGCAAAAUUUGUUGGUGAGGUUGUUGUACGUGUCUCAGCUAAAUUCCAACCGAUCUAUUUUAGUUAAGAUUUUCAACUUAUUUACAUAUUGACUUUUUUUUCCGCCCUUAAUCUUAGCUGUGUUGGAGUAGAAGAACAUUAUGCCUUUGACAUUGACCUGUAUCACUGUCCCAGCUGUGCAGUUCUCCAUGGCUCCUCCUUGAUGAAGGAGAGGAGGAACUGGCAUCGGCAUGACUGCACGGAGAUCGACGACGGCUCCAAGCCCGUGCAGGCCGGGACGAGGGCCUUCGUCACCCAGCUGCGCGCCCGUGUCUUCCCAAGUGCCGAUGAAGUCGUCGUAAAGAUGCAUGGUGGCCAGCUGACACAGAGAUACCUGGAGAAGCAUGGAUUCGAUGUCCCCAUUAUGGUCCCUAAGUUGGAUGACCUGGGACUCAGGCUCCCCCCACCUACUUUUUCUGUUACGGAUGUGGAACGUUACGUAGGUGGUGACAAAGUGAUCGAUGUCAUCGACGUGGCAAGGCAGGCAGACAGCAAAAUGACACUUCACAAUUAUGUUAAAUACUUCACGAACCCUAACAGACCAAAAGUGUUAAAUGUGAUCAGCCUUGAAUUUUCAGAUACAAAGAUGUCUGAAUUGGUGGAGGUCCCUGAUAUAGCCAGAAAACUUUCCUGGGUGGAAAAUUACUGGCCAGAUGAUUCAGUCUUUCCUAAGCCAUUUGUUCAGAAAUACUGCUUAAUGGGCGUUCAAGACAGCUACACGGAUUUCCACAUUGACUUUGGUGGCACUUCGGUCUGGUACCAUGUCCUCUGGGGUGAGAAGAUUUUUUAUUUGAUAAAGCCAACAGAUGGAAAUUUGGCCCUCUAUGAAUCUUGGAGUUCAUCUGUGACCCAGAGUGAGGUGUUCUUUGGAGACAAGGUGGAUAAAUGCUACAAAUGCGUGGUAAAGCAGGGGCAUACCUUGUUUGUUCCUACAGGGUGGAUUCAUGCUGUGCUCACUUCUCAGGACUGUAUGGCUUUCGGGGGGAACUUCCUGCACAACCUUAACAUUGGCAUGCAGCUCAGGUGUUACGAGAUGGAGAAAAGGCUAAAAACACCAGAUCUUUUCAAAUUCCCUUUCUUUGAAGCCAUAUGUUGGUUCGUAGCCAAAAACUUACUGGAAACCCUGAAAGAGCUGAGAGAGGAUGGUUUCCAGCCUCAGGCGUACCUGGUGCGGGGAGUCAAAGCCCUGCACUCUGCUUUGAGAUUGUGGAUGAAGAAAGAGCUUGUAUCUGAACAUGCCUUUGAAAUUCCAGACAACGUUAGACCUGGACAUCUUAUUAAAGAACUUUCUAAAGUAAUUCGAGCAAUAGAGGAGGAAAGCGGCAAACCAGUUAAAUCUCAGGGAACCCCUACUGUGUGUCCAGUUUCACGAUCUUCAAAUGAAGCAACGUCCCCAUACCAUUCCCGACGGAAGAUGCGGAAACUUCGAGAUCAUACCGUCCGAACUCCUUCUAACCUCGACAUCUUGGAGCUCCACACGAGGGAGGUUCUCAAAAGACUGGAGAUGUGUCCGUGGGAAGAGGACAUCUUGAGCUCUAAACUGAAUGGAAAAUUCAACAAACAUCUCCAGCCGUCUUCCACAGUUCCUGACUGGAGAGCAAAAGAUAACGAUCUGCGGUUACUGCUGACCAACGGAAGGAUAAUUAAAGAUGAGAGACAGCCCUUCACAGAUCCAAGUCUGUAUACAGCAGAUAGUGAAAGUGAAGAGGAUAAAAGAAGGACAAAAAAGACAAAAAUGAAGAUAGAAGAGAGUUCAGGACUAGACGGGGUGGAGAGCGAAGAACCCCAAACGCCGCUUAACAGGUUUUUGACAAGUGUGAAGUCAGAACUCAGGAAUAGAUCAUCAGAAUAUUCUGAUAUUUCUGAUUCAGAAGACUCUGGACCAGAUUGCACUGCACUGAAAACUAAUUUCACCACUGAGGAGUCUGACAGUUCAGGGGAUGAGAAGAAACGAGAAGUGACGUCCAGCUUUGCGGAGGAGGCUAACGUGCCGAGGGCCUCCCUUCAGAAGACCCAGAGCCCGUCUGGAAGUGGAAUUCCAACUAAAAGGGAAUGUCCUACCUCGACCAGCACAGAGGAAGAAGCUAUCCAGGGCAUGCUGUCCAUGGCAGGGCUGCACUAUUCCACCUGCUCCCAGCGGCCAGUGCGGAGUGCAGACGGCGCCGCCACAGAGAGAGAUGCUGUCCGGGACGCCGGCAGCUGCCACAGCAGUGACCGCGAGGCCAGGCCACUGUGUCGCAUUGACAAACCUGUGGGGUGUGGAUACCAGGUCAAGACUGAUGAUCCAGAUUUGAGGACCUCUUCUUGGAUUAAACAAUUUGAUACAACUUCCAGAUUUAACCCUCAGGACCUAAGUAGAGGCCAGAAAGGCAUCAAGAAGGAAGGCUCCUCAGAAGUCCUCCAGAGGGCGCAGAGCAGGAACCACAUGGACAGCAGCGGGGCAGGCCUUCCAAGCGGGAAGUGCAUGCAGAACUCAGGCGUGGUUCCGGGGCCCUGCCAGGUCAGCAGCGGCAGUCUCAGCCCGGAAAGGCCAGGUGGUGAAACCUCCUUUUCAGUGCCCCUCCACCCCACCAAGAGACCUGCGUCGAACCCACCGCCUAUCAGCAACCAGGCAACAAAAGGUAAACGUCCAAAAAAAGGAAUGGCCACAGCCAAACAGCGUCUCGGGAAGAUCCUCAAGCUGAAUAGAAACGGCCACGCCCGCUUCUUCGUGUGACGCGGCCGCUGGAGCUGGUGGCGGGGGCAGGAGCCUGGCGCUGGCCGCCCGCCCGACGCAGAUGUGCAUGUCCACUAGAGAGAGAGAACACUGCCCGGGAACAAGUGACCCCGAUGCUGCAUUUUCACUGUGCCACACCCACUCAGCAAUAACCGCUUGGACCUGGUGGGGAGGAGGAGGAGGAGGAGGGAGAACCUUAAACGAGACCUUGAACUGGAAAGGGCCUCGUGUCAGGGCUUGAAUUUCGUUUUGUUGUUGGUAGCGUCUUGAUUUAUUUUCAGUGGUAGGGUAAAGAAUUAUUGAUAAUUUAUUUAACAGAUUUUUUUUUUUUAAGUUAACAGCCUUUAAAUUCUUUCUUUUUUUUUUU